AGUUUAAACUCGAAAGAAUUGUAUUAUUAUAUUAGAGGUUUUAAAAAAUAUUUAGUUGAGAAGAUUAAACACUAUAAUAAUCAAAAUGCGUUUUUCAACAUUUCUUUUGUGUUUGAUAAUUGUAACGAUUUUGUUUCUUAAUGAAACAGAAGCAAGAAGAAAAAUUCUUAGAGGGAGAAAAACUAUUACCAGAACAUACUACAAAUCAUUGGGAAUACCAGCUUGGUUAUCGAUUACAUUCACUGGACUUGUUAUAUUAGGAAUUUCAGGGAUAAUUUAUGGAGCCUUGCAGAAAUUUAUUAUAACUAAUAAUCAACCUCCACAACCAACACCCUCUUCAGUUCCACUUACUACAACUGAAAUCCAUUAGUAUAACUAUCAUGAAAUAAUUUAUUUUUAUUUUGAGUAUAUGUUCUUAAUAGAAUAUGAACAUCUUAAAUAAAAAGGGCAAAUGAUUGUUGGGAAAAUUAUUUUUCAAUACAUACAAUGAAAACAUGAAAA